GUAUAGCAUUCGAGGUUUCCAUUAGAGAAAACGCACAUUCGAAUUUGUCUUUAAGUAUAUCAAACUCCAGAACAGAAUGGCAUACAUAGUAGCUAUGUCAUGCGCACCGUCAUAAUUGCACUAACUGUGGUCUUUGCCCGCUCAUUCACAGUACAGUGGGCCAAACGAGUUCAUUGAUAUUGUUUACAAUAUGUCAUCCGUAUGACACGGUAUCAAAAGGGAUGAAAAGUAACAAAUGUACUUGUAAACGCGGGUCAAAAGUCAAAAUACUGUUUACACGUGACCUGAGAUAGAAUGUCGUAAUACUCCAAUUCAGUUUUCGAUGGGACAAUGACAUAGGUGGUGUACAUUUAAAAAAUCGUUUUCCUGUCGUAUAUAGUGGUAUUGGUGGUGGAAAAGUGUGGAUAAUUACUAUGUCAGUACUGAAUGUACUUUCUUAUCUGGACUAUAACCGAUGACAUUUGGUUUAUUUUAGUCUAUAUACCGUUAUCGUUAUAAUCUGCUCCCUUGUCGACGGACAAAUUAAGGCGCGGAUCAGGAUGCUUUUAUUUGUGCUAUUUUAACCGAGUCCUACGAUGACCACACGUGGCUCUCAAACUAACAAUAUGGCGUACAACUUUUGUGGUCCAUUGCCGCCUUUGGUUGUGCUCCUAGCGCUUUUCCUGUAUUUUUAUCUUGACGCCCGUGUCCCGGAACCCAUACCAGAAAAGUUAAAGGUCAAAGUGAUGGACGCAAUGAUGAAGACUUACGGUCACACGGUGAAUGUAUUAGUGUCCUUGCGAAUCACCGAACCAUUUUCAGACCUCGUCAGAAAAAUUGCCGAUGGGUUCGUGCUCACUAUGGUAACAGGAUUCCCGUGGGGACUGGGGCCGUAUGAUCCUAGAAUAAAGAUAACCGACACACACAUUAGAGAGGUACGUGUGAAAGUCUAUGAACCGGUGAGUAGUUUGGGAAGGCCUGAGCGACCCGUCCUCAUCUACUUCCACGGGGGUGGCUGGAGCUUGCUGUCUGUCGACUCGUACGAUCCGUUGAUGAGAAAAAUAUCACUUGAUAGCGGAGUAGUUGUAAUAUCAGUCAAUUACAGAUUAAGUCCACAGUUUCCUUUUCCUAUCCCACUUAAUGACUGCCAUGAAGUUGUGGAGUAUGUCAUAGAGAACAGUAAAACCAUGAGAAUAGAUAAAAGCCGCAUUGCGAUUGGAGGAGACAGCGCCGGUGGCAACAUGGCUGCCGCAAUCUCGCUGCGAUUGAAAUCCAAAAUUGCUAUGCAAAUGCUGCUUGUUCCUUCUCUUCAGUUUGUGAAUUUCAAUACAACGGCUUUCAAUGAAAAUACACUUUAUCUAAAUCGAAGCAUCAACGACCCCGAUUCUUUGAUGUUUGUUAUCAACUAUCUUGGUCUAGAACCAAAAUACAUGAAUUACCUCAGGUUCAACAAUCACACGUCACCAAGUUUUAAACAGUCACUAGAAAAUGAAUAUGCGGAUCAAACAUUGUGGCUUCCCAAAAAGUAUGUGCGGGACAAAGUUAUACGUGAAAAUAUGGAACAACCCGUGGAUACCGGUGACGAAGAACUUUUCGAGAAGAUAAAGAACAAAAUACUAGACCCUUUAGUGUCGCCGUUACUUGCAGAUGAUGAUCACCUUGAAAAUUUACCGUACACUUACAUUAUGGUUUGUGGAUAUGAUUUUGUGAGGGACGAUGGUAUUAUGUUUUACGAACGAUUAAAUCAAAUAGAGGAAGAGGUGCACCUUGCCUACUACCCUGAAGGUUUUCACAAUGCUUUAUUUUUUCCACAUGGACCUUUAAAGCUUGAUGUCGCUGUGAGAAUUGUUGAUGAUAUUGUCAAAACUUUGAAAAAUGUUCUUUGAGUACAGGUAUGAUAUUUCACCUCAUCAUGAUUAUUUAUUUCAUGACGUCAUAAUAUUUAUUUACUGAAUGAAUGUUGAAUAAAUGGUUUGUUCAUCUAAACUUCAA